CCCUCUGCGAUCAAUGCGGCAAACCAAAUGCAGCUGGUUGUAAUUCCAGAACCAGUUACACUUGACGGUCCGCCUGAGGCUGAAGACAGGAUGUCUCUCCUUCCUACCUUCCGCGAGGAACCCAUUCCCCUUCUGGCAUCGACGGUGCUUGACCUGGACCCAAUCCUUGGUGAAGCUGCUCUAGCGCCAAUGGUAGGUUUCCGCGAGCCAGCAGUUGAAGAGGGUCCAAACGCGGAAGUAGCAGCAGAAGAAAUCGCGAACGAGGAUCCCGCUGAACCUGUUCCUAAUGUGAUUGGCCAAGAACCUGCCCCCCAUGCCCCCCAAGUCAUUGAAGCUGGGGAACCUGAAGAACUUCAUGAACCAGUACCAGAAGCUAUACCCGUCGCGGAGCCUCCUGAGGCCCCUGGCGCUGAACCCCCUACUCCAUCUACUUUAGAACGUUUAGCUCGCGUGCUCGAAGUGACCCCACCUGGGGUUAUAGAUGAAGCUAGGGAAGGUCUCCGUCGCCUCUUGGGUCCCGAUAUACUGAUUCCUGAUGCGCCCGCGAGAGUUUUGGAGUAUCUGAGGGUGCUUCUUCGCGAGGGCGCGGUCACUGAAGAACAAUUCCAAGAGGUUGAUGGACUGCUGCGAGAUCUCCCACAAGGGCUUAACGAGAGGGCAGUUGCUAACGCACAGGCUAGACAGACUGAAACACAUUACCAAGCUCUUACUCAUCAAACUGACAAUGCUCGCGGUCACUUGGGCGACCAGGCUGAUCUCAUCAGGGAUCUGACACUCGAGAGGAACCACCUAAGAUCCCAGAUUCUUUCUUUUCAAGCCCGUUUGAUCGAGGUUACUGCUAUGCUUGCCCACGCGGAGCCUCAAUUGGAACAACCCCUCGCUGCCUUCGAGACGCUGUCCCAAGAACUGGCCCAAGCCCGUGUGGCAGCCCAACAAGCCGCUCAAGCUGCUGCGGAUGCUAACUUUCGACUGGACGAACUCUUUCUCCGCUUGACCCGAGCAGGCCGGAGAUUUUUAGGCCCCUAGUUAUUCCGUUAUUGGGCCCAUAUCUGUAUGAACAAUAUUAUUAUGAAUAUCUAAAAUAUUUAGCCCACCUUUCUUGGCCCAAAUACAUGUUCAGAUUUUCUGGCAGUUUAGCGUUCAAUCCACCUUUAUUGCUGUUGAAACUGUUUGAAAAGAUAUUCUCGAAACAAAGCGGUUAUCUCCUUGAAAAUCGCCCCGCUUCCCACGCGCUUUCAAUCAUCUUCAUUUCCGAGAUCUUUGCAUUCAAUUCCAUCGAUACUCUUAUUGAUGGCGUUGAACGUACUUCAACUGCCCUUCUUAGAGUCGAGACCACUGAAACUGGUCCUAUAAAUACCUGUGCUUGUGAGAAGAAAAAACUCAAGCGAAUAUGGCUUUCCCAGUAAUAGUGUCACAAACCCUACUUCUCUUUCUUCUGUUCCUGAAAUCUUCUCCUUAC